GUCUCCCACUCCUCGCCCCCCUCUUCGCUUUCCAAUUUCCAAACCUCUCUUGCACGGGAGAGCACGUACACGCGGAGCGGAGCGCGAUCGGCGCCGCGGCGGCGAGAUGUCGGCGGCGGCGACGAUGACGUGGCACGAGGACCUGGCCACGCUCGUGGGGGACACGGGCGCCCGCUUCCCCGGUGCCGGAGGGGACGCGCCGGCGGCGGCGAAUGUUGCGGCGGCGGGGGCCGGGUGGUACGGCGAGGAGGAAGAGGGGAGGACGGAGGAGGGGUGGGCGCAGCAGGCGAAGGGGUUCGCGGAGUCCACGGCGGAGAUGCUGCUGGAGCUGGGCCGGGGGCUGUGGGACGUCGCCGCGCAGAGCCUCGCCGGCGCCGAGGACAGCGAGCUCGCGCGGCGGCUCAGGAAGCGGGCGGCGGCCACGGGGGAGCGACUCAGCUUCAUGAACGAGUACCUCCCCGAGGAGCGCGACCCCGUGAGGUGUUGGCUCAUCGUCGCCGGAGUCGCAUUCGUCACGCUCCUAGUUUUAGGUGUUGGGAGUGGCAAUGAAACUCCAGUAGAGCUUCCAAAGAAACUUAUCAUUAGUCCCCCAAGUGCGAAUAGAAUCCAACUUCCUGAUGGACGCUAUCUGGCAUAUGAAGAACAAGGAGUCUCAGCCGAUAGGGCAAGAUUUUCACUGAUUGCUCCUCAUUCUUUUCUUUCAUCAAGGCUGGCAGGAAUCCCUGGAAUCAGUGCAUCCCUUCUGGAAGAAUUUGGGGCACGCCUUGUGACCUAUGAUCUUCCUGGUUUUGGUGAAAGUGAUCCACACCCAGGCCGAAAUCUCAAUUCUUCUGCAUUGGACAUGCUCCAUCUGGCUAAUGGUCUUGAUAUUCCGGACAAGUUCUGGGUUGUGGGCUAUUCUGGUGGUGGCAUGCAUGCUUGGAGUGCUCUUCGUUACAUUCCUGACCGAGUUGCUGGUGCAGCAAUGUUCGCACCUAUGGCAAAUCCAUAUGAUUCCAAGAUGACCAAAGAUGAGAGGCAUAAAACAUGGGAUAGCUGGUCAACAAAACGGAAACUAAUGCACAUUUUAGCUCGGAGGUUUCCAUCACUAUUACCCCUCUUCUAUCGCCGAAGCUUCCUUUCUGGAAAGCAAGGACAGGCAGAGAGUUGGUUGUCACUGUCAUUGGGGAAGAAGGACAAAACUUUACUGGAUGGUCCUGAGUUCAAUGCAUUCUGGGAAAGGAAUGUUGCGGAGUCUGUGCGCCAGGGUGAUGCACGUCCAUUUGUAGAGGAAGCUGUGUUGCAAGUAUCUGACUGGGGUUUCAGCUUGUCCGACAUUCAAAUGCAAAAGAAAGAAGAUCGAGGCUUUUUUGAACUCAUCAAGUCUUUUUUCAAUCAAGUUGAACGAGAGUGGGUGGGAUUUCUGGGCCCAAUACAUAUCUGGCAGGGAAUGGAUGACCGAGUGGUCUCGCCGUCAGUGGCUGAAUUUGUCCGGCGGGUGGUUCCGGGAGCUACAGUGCACAAGCUUCUUGACGAAGGCCACUUCUCAUACUUCUGCUUCUGCGACGAGUGCCACAGGCAGAUAUUCUCCACGCUCUUCGGCAUUCCCCAGGGCCCUAUCAACCCUGCCCCGCAACCCAGCGAGUUGGCUUCAGAGCUUGCCGAAGAAACGACAGCACCGGACAAUGUUACAGAGCAGGAACAAGGAAAAUCAAGCCUGGCCUGAUCAAGAUUGGCUUUCAGGAUCAGCAGUAUAGAUACAAGACGUUACUAGUACUACUACACUACUACUUAACACAAUACCACACAGUUGGACGGGCUUUUCUUCGCUGCCCAUGGGAUAAGGCCUGCGUCAGGUGGACUGAGCUCCUCCUCUUGCGCAAGUAUUGAAGGCAAAAGCUUUGGAUAGGAGGAGGCUGCAAUGGAUUAUGCGGUUUCACUUCGAUGUACAAAUGCUCAUCCCAAAUGCGCACGGCACACCUGCUCGGUGCGCUCUUAGUAUAGUCACUGUAAAAUUCGAUUAACCUGUCAUAAUGUGACUCCGUUAUUUAUAAACUUCCUUUUGCACA